UACGGCUCGGGCAGUACCAGCGAAGCAUCUUGGAUCCGCUGUCUACGAUGCAGACAUGGCGACGAACAUGUCUAAAAUCCAUCUUCUGAGGGAAAUUAUCACCGAGAAGCAGAGCAUGUUCGUGACGGAGAUCCUAGCGGCCGUGGAAAUGACUUUUGGCCUGUACGAGGCGGAGGCUGUGGACUUAAGGCAGAAGCUCGACCGACGGAAUAAACUGCUGGAGCUGCUGCAGCCCCGGGUUAAAUCUGAGCCCACAGAGAUACCGCUGUUCCCGCCGUGUGAAACUGGUGGACAUGUUAGACUGAAGCAGGAGGAUCAGCAAAUAAGUAUGGAUGCAGCAAUGGAUAUCAAGGAUGCCCAGAGUUUGAAUGUCCUCUCAAACCACAAGGAGGGGAAGGAAGAUGAAAGCAUCGACAAUCAACAUUCUCAGAUUACCUCCAGUCUAGAAAACUAUUUGGACCUGAAGAUCUGCAUCUUGGAGGACUGGACCAUUGAGGCAAUCUCAGACCAAGUGGACGAAGACUACCCGGUUCACGAGCUGAGGUGCCCUUCAGGCCUGCGUGAGGCCGACUUCCUGAGGCUUCUGAGGAUCACCUUCCCUCUGCUGGCCGCCGACACUCCCUUUGAGUCCUUUAUUGCCGACUCUACCAAGAGGCUGCAGCCUCUGAAGGUGGACUGUUUUACACCGGAGCAGAUCUGCAGGGCAGCCGGAAACUCUGCCCUCUACGUCCGAAUAAAAUGUCCCCCUGAGGAGGAAGCAGGAUGUGAUGAAGAGCAUGCUCCCAUUGACAAUGAAGGUUACGGCGAAGAUGCUUCCCCCAUCCAACCUCAAUCUCCUAGCGACACCAGAAACGAGGCUCCUCCUCUUCCUGCUCCUCCUCCUCUUCCUUCUCCUCAGAAGAAUCCCGUUGAUCAGAAGAGCAGACCCGAUACCAUCGUCCUCAGCGUCCGUGUUCUGGACAACCGUCUCAUCGAGGUGGUCACAAAAUCAGUGCUGAGGAGGUGCAAACCCAGGAAGCUCAGGUGUCCGGGCGGCAUGCAGGAAGCAGAGUUACUGAAGCUGCUGAGGUCCACCUUCCCAAAGCUGCGUACAGAGAAGCCGCUGGAGUAUUUCGUCACCGACAGCCUCAGGAAGCUGCUGCCUCUGAAGCUGGAGGCCGUCACCCCAGAGCGGAUCAGCGCCGCCGUUGGGGAUUCUAGCCUCUACGUCCGAGUGAAGAAAGAUCGCUCGAUCAGAGGGAGAAAAAAGAAGGUGAACAAGGCUGCUGAUCACAAAGAAGACAGGAACGACUUUUCACCCGCAUCAAAUUGGACGGCAGCGGAAAACCUGCCUCAGAGUGGCGAAGCAGACGGCUCCAUAAAUCUCAGGAUUUACCUCUUGGAGGACUCCGGGAUCGAAAACGUCACAGACGAAGUGUUGGAUAAGUAUCAGCUCCAUAACCUCCGGUGUCCUCCUGGAAUGAGCUGUGGAGACUUCCUGAAGCUGCUGAGGUCCACCUUCCCUAUGCUGGCCUCCAAGACUUACUUUGAGACCUUCAAAAGCAACCCUGACAGGAAGCUCCUACCUCUCUAUGUCAACAUAUUCACGCCUGAACAGAUCACGAGAGAGGCCGGGGAGUCGGCCCUCUUCAUCCGGCUAAAGCCUCCAGAGGACAUCCAGGUCAGAAAACGGAGCAAUUCGGAUGAUGCUCGUCCUUCCUUACGAAAAAAAAGUCCGGAUCAUAAAAAGGUCGAUGAUAAAGACGCCCCAAUGAGCCUCCAAGUCUGUUUGCUGGAGUCCGACGUUGAUGUGCUCAAGCCGCAGGCUCUUAACAAGCACAAAAUCCAUGAGCUGAAGUGUCCCUGGGGCCUGCAGGAGAAGGACUUCAUGGAUCUACUAAAGUCCAUAUUUUCUCAGCUGGCUGGUCAAGCUUUCAAGGUUUUAACUCUUCAAAGCGGGAAACUUCUACCGCUGAAGGUUAACCGCCUCGUUCCGGAAGAGAUCCAGAGGGCUAUCGGUCAUGUCGACCAAAGGUUCCCUCCACCAGUUCUCUACAUUCAGCUGCCGGUAUGUCCGUUCGCCUUUACCACAAAUCCAGAUUCCAGCUCCUUGAAGCAUCGGUUAGAAAUAAAAACCUGUUAUCGUCUGUGAAACCUUUGAAGAAACCUUCACAGAAAGAAGAUCCUAAACCUGUAGCUCAUCCCAGCACAGCAUAUCCAGACAUCCAGACCCUAAGCAACUAUGAACCAGAAGAGUUGCUCAAUCUGAAGAUCUGUAUCCUGGAUGACCCAAAAAUACAUCACAUCACCCCUUCAGGUAAACCAGCUGAUUGGAUGGCUGUCCUUUAAUCUUCUCUUUAUGCCCAGAACCACUAAAUUAUUGGUUCCAUUAUU